AAUUGUCGAUUAGCCGGAACGUGUACACCUUAUUUCUAUUCUUAAAACAUUCAAUUUUUAGAAUUACAUUUAAUUUAAGUUGAAGGUAUUUUUUAAUUGAACAUUGUACAGUACCCGGAAGUAAACAGUACAGUCGGAGACGUGCUAGUAAAGCUAGCGAGUUAAUGCGCUGUUGUCUCUGACACCAACAUACGUAUAAAGUCCGCUGAGAAGCCUGAUCACAAGUAGGCUGGAGCCGUCUCCAGACAUGGAGAGUGGAGAGGACCCUCUCCAUUCCUCGCAGACAGAGACAGAGAAAGAAAACGAGAGCCAGGCAGCGCUGCCACCGCGCGGUUCUCAGGCGCAGCACCUGUGCCGUUUCUACUCCCGAGGGCGGUUCUGUCAGUUUGGGAAAAGAUGCCGGUUCCUUCACCAGCGCGGGGAGGCCAAGCAGGCCCUGAAGGGGCUGGAAAACCGGAGCGACGCCGCAGCAGAGACGGAUGAGCACGCAGACGGCCACGCCGAGGACUGCACCGGCCAGAGCGGCUCGCAGCUCUCCGGCUCUGCGGCCAGGAGAGAGAAACCCAGACGGCCCUGCCGCUACUUCCUGUCCGGCUACUGCGCAAUGGAAGACCGGUGUCGCUUUUGGCACCCCGAGCAGCUCCCGACGCUAGACGACCGGCCAGGACCCGGGAAGAGGGACGCCCCGGGGCCCAGGGCUCCGGUCGCACGACCCAACGCCGUUCAGGAGAUGGCGAAACUGAGCGAGCUCACAGCGGAUGUGGUCAAGCAGCUUCGCGACACGGAGAUCCGCCAGCUGCUGAAGCGCGUGCCCAAAAACCAGCUCAUCGUGCAGGAGAGGGAAGACGGCCUGCUCACCUACUAUCGGAUCACUGUACAGCCCACGGACCCAGACUGGCCAUUUGACUUGAAGGAAAUUGACAUCAUGAUUAGCUUCCCAGAGACAUAUCCUCAAGAGGUUUUCACUGUGGAUGUCCCAGAGGACCAGGAUUUCCCAGCUAUUAUGGGAAGGCAUUUGUGCCAAGCCUCGCAGGAAUGGUUGCAGGCCAAGCGGGCGACCAAUGAGCUGAUGGGGAAGGUGGAGCUUCUGUUCCGUCCUUUCCUUCACUGGCUGGACCGCAACAUGGAGAGGCUGUUCACUGAGGGAGCCCGACAGCUGAAGAAGGACAUAGAUGCGGAGCGAUCGGGAAUCCGCUUCGUCCCCUACCAGCAGCUCCAAGCGGUGGUAUGCAAGGAGCAGAGCUCGGGGCCUGGGGAGGCCGAGAUCCACGGCGAUGCCUCCGACGACGAGGAGGCCGGGGAGGAGGAGGAGGAGGAGGAGGAGGAGGAUGAAGAGGAGGCAGGCCGCGGCGUGGAGGGGGAGGAGCCCAGCCAGCGGGUGGAGAACGUGAAGAGCUCGGAGCCUCGGAGGGGGACGGAGGUGCGGCUGCAGGGGCUGGAGCUGGGGGAGGAGACGGCCACUGUGACGGCCAAGCAGAUCACCGUAACGCUGCAGUGCAGCAGGUGCAAGGUAACGGCAGACCUGGCUCUGACGGGCCGGUUGCCAUGCACGGCGCAGUGUGAGAAGUGCGGCUCCAGCAUCGGCGCGAGCUUCCGUCCCAGCAUGCUCCACCACUACAGCAGCGUGCUGGGCUUCCUGGACCUGAGCGGGGCCGUGCCAGUGGACCUGGUCCUGCAGGACUGCGAGCUGCUGGUGGGCUGCCUCACCUGCUCCCAGGAGGGACCCCUGCAGAUGCUGUCGUACGGCCAGACCAAGGAGAUGAACUGCCAGCACUGCCACACCAGGCUCAGGGUCCUGGCCGAGAGCGCGGUCUUCCAGCAGCUCCAGCCCCGGCCCAGGACGCAAGCAGGGCGUGGAGACGCGGGGCGCGGAGCGGGGCGCUACCCCAGAGACCCCGCUGUACAGCGCGGGAAACCGCUUCCUGAGAAGGGCACCUGCAAGCACUUUAAACAGAGCCAGCGCUGGCUGAGGUUCCCAUGCUGCGGACGGGCGUACCCGUGCGACGCGUGCCACGACGAGGACCAGGACCACCCCAUGGAGCUGGCCACCAGGAUGAUCUGCGGCCACUGCGCCAAAGAGCAGGCGUACAGCACCGGGAAGCCCUGCGUCAGCUGCGGGGGGAUGAUGACCAGAGACUCCCACACCAGCCACUGGGAGGGAGGGCAGGGCUGCCGUAACAAAGUCAAAAUGAGCAGAAAUGAUCGACAAAAAUACGCCAACACGAACAAAACGGUGUCCCGCAAAGGAGCCAGUGAGAAAAAUUAACGGAUGAAAAAAUGAGCGGCAACGAUGACUUAUGCUGAAUCAGGCUCAAUGAACUGAAUACAUUUCUGUCUUAUAUAAAAUACAAUCACGAUUAAUGUUGUUACCAAAAACAUUUGUUAGGCAUUGUCAUAAAUUGAACUGAUUUGAACAUUUCUUAGCCUGUACCUUCAAUGUUUGCUGUUUAAAAAAAGUCGCAAAUGAUACGCUUAACACAUUUUUCAGUGGAUACUUUUCAGUGUAACAUCAAUGGUCCUCUUAGCCUUAAUAGUCUUAAUGUGUAUCCAUAAUCAUCUGUAGUGUUUAAGAUAAAACUGUUAAAUCAUUUCAUAGUUUUAUUUUUGAACCAGCAAAAUUUGCUUUCAAAUUUGUUUCAGACAAUACAGGAAGUUGAUAUUGUAUGUGAAUGUGCUAUUGGUGGAGUUUUUUGGCAGAAGAACAUAACUUUACUUCGCAAUUUCCUGGAAUAAAGGAGUUUAGACUUUGUAUUGAGUGAGUGCGCUAUUGGCUGAGCUCUUUAGCGGAACAUAGCAUUACUUUGGGACUGGCUGAAAUGAAGUGGGUUUACCAGCUGUAUCCGACAGGAGCCGAGGGGCGUUAUAGGGAAAGAUGUGAUCUAGGGAAAGCUGCAUUAUGCUUCUGUGCUUUCAGUAUGUAAUUUUGUUCUUUUCUAAGAAAAAAAAAAGCUGCUUUCCAAUGGAACUAUUUGUAUUGCAGAUUGCAACUUGAUUUACAUGCGCUCCAAAAUAAAAAUUUUCAACAAGAAAA